UCGAGUGCAAAAGCAAACGUCGUCAUCUCCAUUCGUGUUCGAAGAUUAUUGUUGAUAAGUUGUGCUGCACUAGCAAAUAAAUUAGUUUCGCGCAGAAGAUCGGUCGCCAUUAUCACUUUGGAAAGUGUCCGGUAAUUUCCAAUCUUAAACUCAAUAAAAAUCGGGAAUUUCAGCCCCAGUGAGAGCUAAAUCCAAGGUACACAUUGCUGUCAAGGAGAAAAGUUUCCGUACAAAAACAAAAAUUUUUAAUCAACAUGAAAGCCUUUGUCGCAGUUACGUUAGCCACCCUUUUAGCGGUCGUAUAUGGCGCAGACGUCGAUGUGUGCCACAGUAGCGUGUUGACCGCUUGCGACGGGCGGGAAGGAGGGGAGGUUGCUUGCAACUCUUUGCACGGAGGUUUCAAACAUGCCGAGAGGGACAUGCAAUCGUACGUGAAUUCGCAACUUGCAACAUCAUAUGACUACUUGCUCCUGUCUACCCACUUCAACUCCUACCAGAAACACCGACCAGGCUUCGAGAAGCUGUUCAAGGAGCUCUCUGACAAAGCCUGGGAUAAUGCUGUGAACCUCAUUAAAAAAAUUACGCAAAGAGGCGGUGUCACAAAUCUUAAUGAGAAGCACGAAAUUCCAUCAACUAUUUCUCGUGGCAAGCAACCAAGUCUGGAAGUUGAUGAACUCCACUCAUUGGCCCUGGCUCUGGAUUCUGAAAAGAAAUUGGCUGGCGAUGCUCAACGUAUUCACCGCCGCAUUUCCCGAUUGGACAAGGAAGAACAUUACGAUCCUGAAGUCAGUCACUUCAUAGAGGAGAAGUUCCUGGAGGAACAAGCCAGCACCAUCCGUAAACUUUCUGGGUAUGCCAAUGAUUUGGCUAAGCUCGUGAGCGUUCCGGAUCCUUCACUCAGCGUUUAUUUGUUUGACGAGUAUCUUCAAAAACAAUAAAUGGACGGUGUUCGCCAACCUAGGGAUUAUUUUUCGAGGAUUCCCUUCUAGCUAUAUCGUUUUGAAAAUUUUUGUGUAGACACGGAAAUUAUAUGUUUAACUUCAAUUCAUUAUUUUGUGAUAGAAGUAUCUGAAAUAAAAAUUAUUCAUUAAAGGCAA